AUGGAGCCCGGCGCCGCCGGCCCCCGCGCCCUGCGGCCGCCCGGCGGGCGCAGUAUCGCAGGGCCGAGGCGCGCGUGGCGGCAGCGCUGCUGCGAGGCGCCGCCGAGCUGGCUGGCCACCGCGGCCGACAGCCCACGCGGCUGGCGCGCGCCAUGCAGCUGGCCAUCGAGGAGGCCUUCGGGCAUGCCACGGCUGGUGGGCCUGCGUCUCCUCACGGCCCUCGCGAUGAUGCCGUGCGAGAAGGCGAUGCUGAUCUUCCCGAUCGUGGGCUACUUCGUGGUGUACACGGUGAUCGGGAUCCGCCUCUUCCCCCUCCUGGUGAUGCUCAUCCUCGGGCUGAUGUCGGCGACGGAGGGUCCAUCGAGGAGAUUCGCGCGGAGGAGGUGGCGGAGUCUGCUGGGCAGGAGCCCCCCGCUGCCGUGCUGCCCGCGGCGCCUGCCCCAGAUGCUCGUGUCCCUCGAGGUCCUGGUCCCAGCGCUGGCGGACUUUUCGGCACGAGGGUCACGGCUGACGAUGUGA